UUCCUUCCGCCCCUUCUUGAUUUCCGUCACUCCUUUGGCCGCCCCGCCACGCUCUUUUGGCUACGACGCCGCACCCUUUUAUUUUCAGCGCGCAGUUUCACGCGUCUCUUCGCUUUUCCGACUUUACUUUGUAUUUCUCUAAUACUGCUUUGUCGUAAUGGAGUCCGAAUCCCCUCAAACCUUCCGCGAGAGACUGGAUGCUGGCGAGGAGUAUUGGAGGUGGAAGUGCGGCCUACGCACGGUUCUAGUUGUUAUUGGGCUCAUCGGGAUAGGGUGCAUGGCCUGGGCGACUCAAUACGCUGCAAGAGGCCCUUAUACAUACCAGUUGGACGACAGUUGGACCAUAUGCUGGACUCUGAUCACCUUCAGUUUGACCGUCGUCUGGUGCCUCGUCGCCCUCCUUGUUCUAUUCCUGAGACGCCCACCCGCCCCCGUUCACCCCGGUGUGGCAGUAGGCCUCGACCUCGUCAUCUGGCUCGCCUACAUCCCUACUGCUCUAUUCGCUAUCGUCGGCGUUAUGAAUGUCCUAAACUUUGGCUCAGACGGCACCAUUGCAAAUUACUCGUCGUACGGAUACUACACACAAGCAUCAAAUGGGACAUGGGUCUGGCACCAAACAGAUUACGACUCCUAUUAUAACAGGACGAGAACGUGCGAUGAAGGGUACUACUACAGAUACGAUAGCUAUGGUUUCAGCUCUUGUGCAGAGGAGGACGCCUAUGUGAACGGGCUCUGGGCAGGGAAAAACCGCCGGGCAGGAGUUGAGAUGACGGGUGUGGUAUGCCAAUUCUUGGGCUUGCUGUUGCAUCUAGCCCUGUUCAUAUGGGCUUGCGUGGAUACACACAGGAGAAACUCGAGGAAAGUCAGCAAAGAAGCAGAAAAACUUGCGGCAAACAUUGUUAUGAGUAUGGUGCGCAGCGGAGCCGUGGUCCAGAAUCCCGGCACAAGUCCACAGGCCUUCCCAUACCCUCAGCAGCCAUAUCCUACAUUUACUGGCACCCCCACUGCCCCUGGCCCAGCUCCGAUACUACAACCUGCAUCUACUGGUACGGUAAGGAGCCCCGGCUCAGCUCCGGUGCCACCAGCUCCGGUUCCACCAGCUCCAGUGCCACCACCUCAGGCUGUGACCAAUGAGAAAGUCGAGCAAUCUGCGCGAUUUGCAUGAUUAUCUCAUGGGCGAGGCAUCAAAUUUAAUACAUAAUUCUUAGUGAUAGUUACAUAGACAUAUUUAGCCCUUUCCGCCUUGA